AUGAGCGGUCGUGUUCUAUUCUCCUCAUUUGACGUCACGAAACAGGUCUUCUAUCGGAGUGCGAAGACCUUUGCCAUGGUGAACAUUAAUCCAAUUGUUCCAGGACAUGUUCUUGUCGUUCCCGACCGAAUCGUCCCACGCCUCAAAGAUUUAAGUGGAGAAGAGAUCGCAGAUAUCUUCCUAACAGCAAACACUGUCGGCCAAGUUGUUGAAAGGGAGUACGAUGCUGAGUCUUUAACGAUUGCGGUCCAGGAUGGGCCAGCCGCGGGACAGACUGUUCCACACGUUCAUGUCCACAUUCUCCCCAGGAAGUUUACCGAUUUCGGCGGAAGGAACGAUGAGGUAUAUCCAGCAAUAGAGUACUCAGAACAGGAACUUGCUUCCAUGAUUGGGCAAUCAAAGCCCGAGAGACGAGCACAACCUCUGGCCGUAGACGCGAGAAACUCGCAACAACCACGAACCGCAGAGGAUAUGGAAAAGGAAGCGAAGAAGCUGUCGAAUCUCUUCAGCUGGUAA